AACGACACAACGCUCAUCUUCGAGUCGCUCUUCGAGUCCGGCAACCUGUACCAGGCGUAUCAGGUGGCGGAGUUCGAGUACGAGCUGGUGCUGAAGAACGAUUUCAACACCAACGGACACACGCAGUGGUACUUCUUCUCAGUUGGCAACACCAGAAAGGACGUGACCUACAAGUUCACCAUCGUGAACUUGUACAAGCGAACGAGCAUGUACAGCAAGGGACUCAAGCCUCUGCUCCACUCCGAGAAAGAAGCCAAAACGCGAGGGCGAGGGUGGCAUAGAGCUGGAUUCGACAUCUCGUACCAUCGCAACGACUAUCAGUACUCGAAGAGGAGCAUCGUCAGGAACUUUUACUCCCUCCAGUUCUCCCUGCAGUUUCCGCACGGCAACGACAUCUGCUACCUCGCUCACUGCUUCCCCUACACCUACUCGGACCUGCAGCAGUACAUCCGCAAGCUGGAGUCCGACGUCGACAUCCGCAAGAUUUUCCGACGGAAGCUGCUCUGCCGCAGCAUCGCAGGCAAUCGAUGUGAAGUGCUGACGAUCACGGACCCGCGGGAGGUCACGGGCGAGGAGGCGGAGGCUCAGCAGAAGAAGCAGUGCGUGGUGCUGUCAGCGCGGGUACAUCCGGGAGAGACCAACUCGUCUUGGAUGAUGCACGGGUGUAUCGACUUCCUCCUCAGCUCGCAUGAGGAGGCGAAGAAGCUGCGCCAGCAGUUCGUCUUCAAGAUCGUCCCGAUGAUCAACCCCGACGGCGUCAUCAUCGGCAACUACCGGACGGGCAUGGCAGGCAACGACUUGAACAGGAAGUGGAAGAACCCUUGUCCGACGCUACAACCCACCAUCCAUCACAUGAAGGAGAUGAUGGCGAGAAUGCGAGACGAGCGAGGCAUCGCGCUCUUCGUCGACUUGCACGGACACAGCGUGAAGAAGAAUGUCUUCAUCUACGGCUGCGACUCCAAGUACUGGUAA